UCUCCAUUUUUCAAAAGAUGGCGUAUUACAAUAUAGUGCUGUUUCUGUCCAUCCUCUGUCCACUGAUACGGGCGGCCCAGGAUUACAUCCCCGUGUCCGUGUGUCCCCCAGGAGCCAGGGAGUGGCAGAUUGAAGCAGGGAGGAAAAAAUGUCAACAGCCCUCGCCCGAUUACCUGUGUGCAGCAAUUGAAAACUGGCCAGGACAUUUCGGCGAAAUCUGCACUAAAUUUGGACUAUCACCCUCAGGAACAUGCGUAAUCCUAAAUAACCUGACCCAUAACGUUGAUUCAGUGCCCUGUAAGGCUCAAGAAGGAUGUCCAGAUAAGCCAUACAGUCCAAGGGAACUGUACAAUUGGCCUGUUUGUUAUGGUGAUUUUUACGGAAAGGACAGAAGCACAUCAACCCAGAUAAAGACAAAUGUGCAAGAAAAUACGACAUUGAUUUUGUUUGAACCAGACGCGGAACCUGGGGAUUCCGGAUUGAUAAUUGGUGUUGUUUUGGCGAUUUCUCUUAUCCUCAUUUGCUCGCUGGUUGUUGUGUUCAUCUUGGAUAAACGAUUCAAAUGGGGACUAAUGACAAGAUUAAGGUCGUGUGUACCAGAUUAA